AUAUAAGAAGGGAGGACAUGAGCACUUCCACACAUUAAUACUUAAUUGGAGUACUAAAAAAUGAACAAAGCAUUACUUAUGUUAGAUAUGGAGGGCUACAUUAGAAUCUUAUUCACUAUUCUACUCUCGGUUAUGUUGCUUGCAAGCCAAAUUGAUGGAAGAAAAGACCCUAAAGCAUAUUGGGAAGCCAUGAUGGAAGGACAAGCCAUGCCUCAAGCUAUUAAAAAUUAUAUAAAUGAGAAGGGAGACUACUAUACUGACAAGAUUAAUCUAAAGCAAUCUCCGUCCAUUGCUGCAGUCAGUAAAGAGUUCAACAACGACUUUGAUCUAAAGCCUAAUUUGCUUUUGUACCCUAAGUAUGGAGAACAAUCUCCGUCUGUUGCUGCAAUUCGUAAAGAUUUCAACAACGACUUUGAUCCAAAGUCUAACUGGUUUUAUUACCCCAAGUAUGGAGAACAAUCUCCGUCCGUUGCUGUAAUCCGUAAAGAUUUCAACAACGACUUUGAUCCAAAGUCUAACUGGUUUUAUUACCCCAAGUAUGGAGAACAAUCUCCGUCCGUUACUGCAAUCCGUAAAGAUUUCAACAACGACUUUGAUCCAAAGUCUAACUGGUUUUAUUACCCCAAGUAUGGAGAACAAUCUCCGUCCGUUGCUGCAAUCCGUAAAGAUUUCAACAACGACUUUGAUCCAAAGUCUAACUGGUUUUAUUACCCCAAGCAUGGAGAACAAUCUCCGUCCGUUGCAAAAACAACCCGUAAAGAUUUCAACAACGACUUUGAUCCAAAGUCUAAUUGGUUUUAUUACCCCAAGUAUGGAGAACAAUCUCCGUCCGUUGCUGCAAUCCGUAAAGAUUUCAACAACGACUUUGAUCCAAAGUCUAAUUGGUUUUAUUACCCCAAGUAUGGAGAACAAUCUCCGUCCGUUGCUGCAAUCCGUAAAGAUUUCAACAACGACUUUGAUCCAAAGUCUAACUGGUUUUAUUACCCCAAGCAUGGAGAACAAUCUCCGUCCGUUGCAAAAACAACCCGUAAAGAUUUCAACAACGACUUUGAUCCAAAGUCUAAUUGGUUUUAUUACCCCAAGUAUGGAGAACAAUCUCCGUCCGUUGCUGCAAUCCGUAAAGAUUUCAACAACGACUUUGAUCCAAAGUCUAAUUGGUUUUAUUACCCCAAGUAUGGAGAACAAUCUCCGUCCGUUGCUGCAAAAAAAUGAUUAUUGUCAACUACUUAAGUAUAUAAUGUUUGGGUAUUAUGAUAUUUAUCUAUAAUCAAGGUAAUUUCUAGUAUAAUGCAUAUGUUAUUUUCCUUGUGUUUGCUUAUCUACCGGGUUAGAUAGAGGGUCAUCCUCAUCAAUUUCUUCGUAAUCCAAAUGUCCUAUGAUACUUUGAUGCUAAUAAAAAUAAAUGUUAGUGUA